AUGACAUCUACGAAUCAAAAUCCGAUAUUAGAUGAAGAUGAUACUUAUGCAAAUAAUCAACGUUGUUUCCAAAAUACAACUAUUGCACAAGCUACAUGCAUGUCAGACGUUUCAUUUGAUUCAGAUAACAGUACGUUGCAUGAACUUGAAACGAAUCCAUCGAUAGCACAGGUGAUGAAUUGUGGUAAUCCAUUUGAUGGUUGGUCAAAAGGAAAACUAUUUAAACUUUUGACAAACGCUUGCCAAGAUAUAUUUGAUAUUGAAUUUUGGAUGGAUAAAGAAGAAGUUUUGAUAAAAGGAUUCGCUCAACAACAUUUAAUGAAUGUUGAAACAGUAGCAGAACUUCGACUCAGUGCUAUCAAUAUGAAAAGGGGACAUGAAAGAUACCAGUCUUGGGCUGAACAGCUGCUAUCACUCUGCGUGGACAUGAACAAAUUAUCGAAAGAUUGGUGGAAAGAAGCUGAAAAACGCAAUCGGCGAAAAACUGAUGAAAUAAAUGAAGAUGAAAAACGCUACUGGGAACAUAUAAAACCAAAUUUAGUUCAAAAGGAAUGCAGUCUAUCGGUUAUUGGAGAUACAAGUGCGGGUAGGCAAUGA